UUUCAUUGCAGCAACACAUGCAUGGUCGUCGUCCGUUAUAGGUGUUAGAAUAUUUGUCUACGCAUUUUAUUUUACACUUUCUCAUGAGUGCAAACUGAAUGCAACGAUUCAGUUUGAGGGAGAGGGAGUGGGAGGCGGGAUGGCAGGACGUGAUGGAGGUCAAAUUCCUGCAGGAGAGAAUCUGGCUGGAGGAUAGGAUGGAACAGGUGCGAUGCCUCCUGUCCAGAGAGUUGGAUGUCAAGCUGAAGGCCUUCAGACUCCGCUUGGACACGGUCACAACGGAUGAGUUGAGACAAGCGAAGGAUAGAGCAAAAAUUAGCUCCUUGGAUGGGGACCUAAAGGAAGUGAGAGGGGAGUGUGGGGACAGGACCGGAGGUCCUGAGGCAAAAGAGAGGGAGAGACAGGAGGACAGUGCUAAGGCGAGGGCAGGAGCAAAGGCAGAAAUGGACAGUAUGAUGGACAAGAUCACCAAGGUGAGACAGGAGGUCGAACUCCAAAAGAAGAGUUUCGAGGAAGAGGUCCAGGAAAAGAAGAGAGAAGAGGAGCGGAGACAGCAGGAGCUGAAAGAGGAGUGGAUAAGGCUUGAGGGAGAGAGAAAGAAGAUGGAGGAGGAGAGGAGGGAGCUGGAGCAGAGGGAGUUGGAGUUCCAAAAGGAGAAAUUGGAGGAGGAGGCGAGGAUGGAGAGAGAGAGCGAGGCACGGAAGAGAGAGGACGAGAACAGGAAGUUGAAGGAUGAGUGGAGAAAGAUUGAGACAGAGAGGAAGGAGCUUGAAAUGCAGCGGGAGAGCGCAGAGGUGAGGCAGAGAGAGUUAGAGGCCGCAUGGAGGUAUUUCGAGACUGAGAAGAGGGCCAUGGAGGAGGAGCAGGACACCCUGCAACGCAAUGAGGCCAGGACAAGGCGAGAGCUGGAGGAUGAGUGGGACAAGCUCAACACCGAAAGGAAAAAGAUGGAGGAAAGAAUGGGGCUGGAACUGAGGCAGCUAGAGUCCCUAAAAAACCAGCUCCAGGACAUGGAGCAGAAGAUGAGAGAGAGGGAGUCCCAGAGGAAAGACAAGGAAAUGAAACAAAAAAGAGAGGUGGCAGGGGAGUGGAAGGAGAUUGAGGAAGAGAAAAGCCGAAUGGAGGCCCAGCAGAAGAGGUUCCUGGAGGAGGAAUGGCGGAAGAUCGCCGUGGAGAAGCAGCGCAUGCAGCAGCAGCGCAGCAUGGAAGAACUGGAGUGCAGGCAGCUGAAGGAGCGCGUUCAGGAGAAGGAGCACAAGCUGUCCGAGAAGGUGGCUCUGCGGAGAGAGAGGGAGGCGCUGAGACGACAGCAGCUGGAGGAGGAGUGGACGAGAAUGGAGACCGAGAGGAGGACCAUGGCGCUCCAGAGCCAGGAGAUGCACCUCCAGACCCAGCUGCAGCGGGAGAGACUGAUGAAGACCAAGCAGAAGCGCGAGAACCUGUUGGCUCUUGAGGAGCAGCAGGCCGCCGAGAGGAAGAGGAUUGAGCAGGACGAGAGGAGGCUGGAGAGGAGCCGCCUGAGGGUGGAGGCCGAGCAGAGGGAGGUGGAGACAGAGAGGGAGAGAUUGCUGGCCAGGGAGAGGAGGCUGAGGGAACAGGCGUCUGCCAUGAGAGAGGAGGACUACGCACACCUGCGGGACCUCGACUUCGAGUGGAGACAACUGGAGAGGGAGAAGAAGCGGCUGGCUCAGAGGAAGAAGCCAGGCCGUCCCGUGCCGGCCCGUACUGUGGAUUACAACAUAUUCUCAUCCUGUGAGUCAGACGAGAAUGACUUUGGAGUCAUGGAAACUGACACCAAACGUCAUGUCGUACUCAAGCAACCAAAGCAACAGCGAGGAGGCACCCAACUGAGCUCAAAUGAGCUCAACGAAUCAGAUGAUUCCUCUCCAUGGGAUGCUGAUGAAAAUGCCUCUCGGCCAGUCGUUCAGAAAAAGAAGACCAGACGUCUCACCCCUCCUGAGCAAUCACCAGCCGCGGAAGUGGAAGCAAGCACCAGCCAUAUGGCAGAGCCUGUGGUGGAGAAAGCCAUUGAGAAAAAGAAGAAAGUUGUUAAAAAGAAGAAAGCUGUGAAAGAGCUGACCGAUGACAACCUGUUCAACCAGGAGCUUGACAUGUUCAAGCAAGAGCUGAAGGCUGCUGCGAUAGUGGAAGCAAGCAACAACCACAUGAUGGAGCCUGUGAUGGAGAUGGCCGAUGAGAAAAAGCAGGAGCCCGAGAAAAAGAAGAAGAUUCAGAAAAAGAAGAUGGCUAAAAAGGAGCCGACUGAUGACGACCUGUUCAACCGGGAACUGGAGGCUUCUGCGGUAGUGGAAGCAAGCAACAACCACAUGAUGGAGCCUGUGAUGGAGAUGGCUGAUGAGAAAAAGCAGGAGCCCGAGAAAAAGAAGAAGAUUCAGAAAAAGAAGAUGGCUAAAAAGGAGCCGACUGAUGACGACCUGUUCAACCGGGAACUGGAGGCUUCUGCGGUAGUGGAAGCAAGCAACAACCACAUGAUGGAGCCUGUGAUGGAGAUGGCCAAUGAGAAAAAGCAGGAGCCCGAGAAAAAGAAGAAGAUUCAGAAAAAGAAGAUGGCUAAAAAGGAGCCGACGGAUGACGAGAUGAUUAACCAGGAGCUUGACUUGCUCAGGCAUGAGCUGGAAGCAGACAUGGAGAAUCAAAAGACAGCAACAGCAAACACAGAAACAAAGAUGGAGGAGGCAGAGGAGGAGGAUGACGAUGCUUUAAUCCGGCAAGAGAUGGAACUUCUGGAGCAGGAUGAAUCAACAAAGCAGAAAGGCAAAGACAAAAAGUCAAAAGACGAUGUGUGCCGCCAGUCUUAAAACAGCCAUGUGCCUAAACCUAAGGAUGACUGAUUUUGUGAUAUGAAUCCCUCUUGAAGGAAAUAGAAGGCAUUUAAGAGACAGCAAGUAAAAAAAAAAAAAGAAUAUACAAUGCUUUCUGAACAGAUCCAAACUGUGUCUUGCCAUGUCAUCUAGGCUACUGUUUCAACAAUCCUCUCAGGUUAUGUCCUCAAGGUUUCCAACUCAAAAUGUAAGAAUUACAUCCUGCCAACUACAAAACCUACAAGAAUGACCGUACCCUUACAUGGGAUCCUAAAUUCAUUAUCAGUCCUCUGUCUCAGCAUGAUGACUUCAUCCAAGGCCUUCAGUCAUCCCUAUCACCCCUCAGCCAAUCCUGUUCCAUCUUCUUCCCAAAACCCCUGCUGAAUUCCUCCUCCUCUAUCAUUGCCUGGCAACCCACCUGCGGGGCCUCAUCAAGGAGGUCCACCUGAGAUCAGCUAGGGCCCGAGAGAGAAACCUUCUGAGAAACCUUCUGGCCCAGAGAGAAACCUUCUGCUGCCUGUCAGCAUUCUCAGCUGGAGAGCUGCCACGCCGGCCAAAGGGGACGAACUACCCUCUUAAUGCCUGGCUCUGCCAGCCUGCCCAGACUCCUCAGACCCUCCAAGGGCCUUCUUAGAGCCGACCGCAGUCAUCCUGCUACAUCCAACGACUGUGGUUCUGUGGUUAGCAUGGCUCUCUGUGGUGUCUGUUAUCUUUGCCACUGUGAUGUCAGCCUGUAGUGUGGUCUCUCCUUAUUCAUACGCCGGCAUUAUCGGAGUGCCCGUCUGCCAAAAAUCAGAGCUGCCCCCUACCCUGUCUCUGUGCCCUGUCCCUUGUCCCCCGCUGCUGCCCAUUGCCCCUGCCACCGUCCACAGUGCCCCCGAGCCAUCUGGACCUGUCCAGACACUACUGUGAUUCACAGCACCUGGUCAAAGCCAAGCCCAGCCUGCUCUCAGCCCAACUAUAGUGAAUUACACAUCCCCCAUUCAUUAUUACCCCAGUGUCUUUAUUAUCCUGUUUUUGUCAUCUCAUAAUAAAGUUUAUUCCAUUACA